UUGAAUUGCAACAAAGAAAGUCAUGUCGUUUUGCAAAGAUUUUGGAAAGGAUAAAGUGAUAUUCGCAACGAAAGAAGAUCACGAAAAACCAAGCACAGUUGAAUUGCCUGAGACAGAACGAGCGCCCGGCUUGAUUUUAGCAAAUGGAGAGAUUAAUUGGAAUUGCCCGUGCUUAGGCGGUAUGGCUACAGGACCAUGUGGGGUUGAGUUUCGAGAGGCAUUUUCAUGUUUUCAUUACAGUGAAGCUGAACCAAAAGGAUCUGAUUGCUAUGAUCAAUUUGCCACGAUGCAAGAGUGUUUCGCCCGAUAUCCAACAGUUUACAAUAAAGGAGGCCAGGAAGACGAUGACGAUGAGAGCAAAGAUGCAACAAAUUUACUAGGAACACAAAGCAAUGUCGACACUGUUGAUCAGAUGGAAGAAACAAACAAAAGUUCAGAUUCUAAUAACGAAAAACCAACGGAAGACAAAAGCAAAUCUUAACUUUAUAUACAAAUAGCAAUUUUAUAGUAGUUUUUUUUUGUUGUUGGGGAGUAAUGAAAUGAAGUAAAGAUUUUUUGUGUAUUAACAAUAAAAAUCUUAAUAAAAAAAAAUAUGUUUAUUGAAUGAUUCCGUUAGUUA